AUGAGUACAGAAAGUGAGGACGUUGCAAAAUCAAGAUCAGAUGAUGAUGAAGAAUUCCACGAAGAAACAAGAUAUGCAUAUAAGAGAGGGUUUCUUUUAUCAUUAGCUGAAAUGGAUGAAUGCAAGAGGUUGCCAAGUGGGUUUGAUUCAUCAAUUUUAUGUGAACUCAAUGCUGCAGCAGCUACUAGAUCAUCAGAUUCGUGUAAUGAUUCCGAGUCUGGCAGAAGGGAUGGCAUUCAAUCUCUACAUUCAUGGGUAAGUCCUGCUAAUGGACUGCUACGACAGAAUCCUGCAUGGCAGAAUCCUUCAAAUGGACUUCUGGGAAAGAGGGGUCUUCUAAGAGCACCUGGAGAGAGAAUAAAGAUGCAAAAAAUGGCGAAACGUUUGGGUUCAUGGGGUGUCCAAGUCAUGAGAGUGCAGAAGUUGAAAGAAGGGGAAGAGGUAACUUAUUCUUCUUAUGCUUUUCCAUGUCGUGGAUUUUCUUCUUUUCAUUUCAUGAUUGUGGUUCCUUCUAAUGAGCUUUUCUCAGGUUCAUCUGAAUGGACAAGGAAGGGACAUGAAAAUGCUGUUCAAGUGAACCAAAAGAAUAUUGCAGGUGAGCACAAAGAAAACUUGGACCCAGAUGUUUCCUCACUCCUGGAUGAUUCCAGAAAUGAGAAGAGGCUUUUCAACAAGUGCAGUCAAUCAGAGGAACGUAUGCUACCGUCAACACCAAAUGAUGCAAGGCCUCGUUCUUCCAUACCAAGAACCAUUAUCAACAAACUGUUACCCCCUGCUCGGGGUUGUCUCAACAAGUGCAAUGAAUCAGAGGAAUGCGCAGUGUCCUCAAAUCCAAAUGAUGCAGGGCCCUAUUCUUCCAUGCAGAGUUUUAUACUCAGCAAAAUGCUACCCCAUAAGCUGAUGAGCAAAUCUCCAGAGCAAAAUUUUGAAACAAAAUCCAACAAAAAGCCUUGCAAACACGAGGUCUCAAGUCUUCAGUUAGUCUCUGAUGAUCAUACUAGGACAGGGAUAGACCUCCUUGAACAAGAAUUAGAGCUCAAUACUGUCAGUGACUUUGAUGGGAAACCUAAUGCAAUUGAAGAAAUUUGUUUGCCUGAUGAGGACAGUUUGAUUACUUCUGAUGACUUCAAACUACCGAUGGACUUCGUAUUAUUUCCUGAAAGUACGGUGACUGAAACUGAUCUGUUUGCUUGUAGUUCAAGAAUGCCGGGCAAUGUUUCUCAAGUGCUAGCUGCUUUAAAUCUCCGCUUAGAUGAAAGCUCUCGAUCCAGCUUGGAAGUUCCCACUACCUUUUCUGGUUCUGACAAUAAAAAUGGCUCAGAAACUUCUCAUGGCAAUCUGCAGGUUAGGCAAUGUUUCCCACAAUACCAUCAUUCUCAGACAAACCAUGGCAGCUUGUCAUUCCGUCCUUCAGACUCUCAAAAAGCUCGUAAGAGUAAAUUCAAGCCCCAUUCGAAGAACCAUUCCUAUAAUCAUCCUCCUAUCAGCUGUAUUCCUGUAUAUGUGCUUCCCAAUUGUUUCCUGGACCCAUAUGCUGCGUCAACCAGCUUUGACAUUCCGGCUACGCAACCUUUGUCCCGGCAGAUCCUAGUUCCUGUUGAAUUUCCUCACCAAGUAAAUGGAUUGCCAAGGGGACCAUCUUAUCCCCCCAUCAACGGAACGGCUUCUUAUUCUCAAGGGCCAAGCCAAAUGCAAACUUCUCCUCUGAACAAUUGUCAACAAACUUAUAGGUGCUCUACAAUGCCAAAUCCAGGGUCAAGCCAAAUGAAAACUUCUCCUCUGAACAAUUGUAAACAAACUUAUAGGUGCUCUACAAUGCCAAAUCCAGGUGCGAACAAUAAUCCAGCUGCCAUCAACAACAGGCUUCCUGAGAUGGAACAUAUGGCCAAGCAGAUGCAUCCUGACUCUGGAAUAGAGUCUGAUGUUCACCAUCAUCUGUCAUACCUUCCUUUUGCUGUCAGAAUCAACAAAUCUUGUGGACUUGGACUUGUAACUCCUUGGAUAUCAGCACUCUGCAGCCAUUACUUUCAUUUCAAUUCUUGUCCAUGGUAUGUCGAUGCAGGUAUCAUUGAUUGA